UUGAUUGACAUAUGUUUUACGAUAAGGCAGUUCUUAUAUAUUUUUUUUACUAUGAUAUUGUUUACAUUGGAUUUUUCAUAAAUUUUACUAUAAAUUACUUACUAAGGGAGAGAAACCAUAUAAAUGUUAAUAAUUUCAAUGAGAUUUUGCUAAAAGACUUGAGAAGACAUUUAGGCGAAAACACCUACAUGUGUGAUCCGCUCCCACGACAAUUGGAUCUUCGCUCCGGAACGACCCGAGUCAUACACGGCCAAAGAUUGUCAACCCAGCGACAGCGGUAUCAACCGAAAGUUUUUUCCCCAGGAUAGAACUAUCGGCCACAGUCGAGCUGUUACAACAACAACAUGUGUGAUCAAUAUCCGUUUAAUAUUUUCGUCAACGCUUAAUGUUUGUGGAGUUUUUCUUCAAUCAUCAUCAUCAUGGAGUCUUCAUCUAAAACCUGCCUUGCCUGUCUUUGUAAUAGCGAUGAGGCACACAAUCUCAAUGAGAUACUUUUGGAAAACCUACCGAUAUUGGAAAUACUAUUUAAAAUUGUUCCACCUUUAGUGGAAAAUCAAAUAUUAACACUUACACAAUGGAUAUGUGUUUAUUGUUUGGAUAAAUUGGUUUUAGCCUAUAAGUUUCAUCAACAAUGUUUGGAAUCGGUCAAGUGUUUAAAACAAGAUCAACAAAAUGUUUGCCAUCUCACUGCCAAUAUGUAUCCAUUUGAUGAAAUUCCUAUGGAUUUUAAAGAAGAUCCCGAUAGACCAUUCUAUCAAGGUGAAGCUGAGGCAGAUCGAAUAAGUGUUAAGCAGGAGAUUCAGGAAAGUAGUGGCAAUGAUAAAUUAUCUUUGUUAAAAGAGAAAUACAUGAAAAAAUCUUACUUAAAGGUGGACAAUUUAAAAAAACUUAAAAAAUUAAAACAAUUUAAAAGCAAGUUUACUUGCCUGCAGUGUGCCAAGGGUUUUAGCAGUUUAAAACGUUUAAAGGAACAUAAUUUAAAACAUAAAACUCUAGAUAAAGAACAAAAAGUUCAAAGUAACAAAACAUCCUUAAUAUAUAAAUGUUAUCAAUGUCCUAAAGCAUUUGAAAAACCAACUUCCUUGGCAGCUCACUGUAGAAUACAUAAAAGAAAGAUUGAAACAAAAUCUACUACUAAAAGCGAUAAAGUUAAGCCAGCUUUGAAAAAAGAAGAUUUGAAAACGAUUGAUAGUACUAUAGUUAAAGAUGAACAAGCAUUUUUAACAGAAACAGAGGGAGAGGAUUCUCAAGAUGAUGAAUUGGUCAACUCAGAAGAGGAGCUAUUUAAUAAAACGAAAAGAAAAGCUACAACAAAUAACGAUUCUGAAGAUAGCAGCAAUGAGGAUGAAGAAAAACCGAAUAGUAGUAGUAAAAUAAACAAACUUAUUUAUGCUUGUGAUAAAUGCGAUAAAGUAUUUAAACGUCCUUUUUGUCUAAGACGUCACAGUAGGGUACAUGCUGUAGAGCGUCCCCAUGAAUGCAAAAUAUGUACAUAUCGUUUUGCCAGUCUUAAUAUUUUAAAGAUUCAUAUGUUUAAGCAUAAAAAAGAAUCGGGUCAAUUGGAUACACCCACCACCCCCAAAGGCAUUAAAUGUCCGGAAUGCCCACGACGUUGCCGCAAUCAAAAUACACUUGCCGUUCAUUUGCUAGAACACAAACGUAAAAGAAAGGAUUAUCCCUGCAUGGUAUGUCAGCACAAUUUUACCUCUGUAAAAACUCUAACCGUACACAUAAUCACCAAACAUCCUGAGGUGGAAAAACUUAAAUGCGAUGAAUGUGAAAAGACAUUUGUUGUACGCGCCCAUCUAGAGGAACACAUAAAACGACACAAAGACCAGGAGAAUCUAAUAUGUUUGGUGUGUGAAAGAGAAUUUCCCAAUAAUGCAGUUUUAACGGAACACAUGCGUAUACAUAGCAGUGAAAAUCCCUAUCUAUGUCCCAAAUGUGGUAAAACAUUUAGCAGUAACAGUUGUUUGCAUCAGCAUAUGGAACGGCAUUUGGGCUUGAAGAAACAUCAAUGUCCAGAAUGUCCUAUGCGUUUUAAUUGUAGAUCGGAUAUAAAGAAACAUAUGUCAACGCAUUUAAAGGUUAAGCCACAUGUCUGCGAUACAUGUGGAGCACGUUUUACCCGUUCAUAUUCUUUAAUCAAUCAUAAAAUAUCACAUUCAGGACUGCGCUCAUUCAAGUGCAGUCAGUGCAGUAUGACUUUCUCUGUGCGGAAUUCUAUGCUACGCCACAUGCGUACCCAUACUGGGGAAAAACCUUAUAAAUGUAAAUAUUGUGAACGAGCCUAUGCUCAAAGUGGUGACUUAACCAAACAUUUGAGAACCCAUAUCGGUGAGAAUACCUAUAUGUGUGAACAAUGUCCCAUGUCGUUUAAAUUUUAUGGCGAAUUAAAAAAACACAAAAUUGAACAUUUUAAAAAGGCCGAAGAGGAAAAAAACAAUCUAUUAGAACAAGAAAAACAAAAAGAAGCUGCAACUUGAGUAAAAUUAAGGAAAUAUUUGUAAAAUU